AUGUCUCCUCCUCUCGUUCAAGACGAGUACCUCAGCGUCGGCGGAAACAGACACAGCGCAGCAGCCGACUGGUCAAGAACGUCAGGCAUCCUCGCCUUUGGCGCCGAUCAAAAUGUGGGGGUAUGGUCGCCGGGGAAUGACUCGGGACACGGCAUAUCCGCCUUGCUCUCUGGACACACUGGGAAAGUGACAAGUGUGAAAUUUCUGAGCACAGCCCAGAAUGGAUCUACUGAGCUGUUGGCCUCGGCCAGUGCAAAUGGAGAGAUCGCGGUAUGGAGACAAGACGCUCCAAACCUGCACUGGGUAUGCCUAGUUAAGACAAUGGCCCAUGAGGGCGCUGUCAACGCCAUCACCUGUUUAAGUCAGAGCAACAUCCUGGUGACCGGAGGAGCCGACGCGAAUGUGAAACUUUGGAAAGUCUGUGAAACAGAAAUCCGAGCCUUGGCUACACUCGCCCUCAAACCCAGAUUCAUUCCGCUGGCUCUAGCUGUCAGCCCCUUUCCAUCUCCAUCUCCUCCUGACCAUGCUUACUUGGUCGCCGGAGGCACUCGGAAUGAUAUCCAAGUGUGCGCCAUCGAGGGUCUAUUAUCGGCCCCAGUGUUCCAUCAUUGCGUCACUCUCACUGGACACGAAGCAUGGGUGCGAUCUCUGGCACUUGCACAAUUUCCAGACGGAGGUGCCCUGCUAGCUUCUGCGAGCCAGGACAAGUAUGUCCGGAUCUGGCGCUUUCAACCGAGUGACAGCAAACCCACACAGCAACACGCCGAGCUGGACGCAGUAUCUGCCGUAAGCCGAACCCUAUCAGCAAAGGUCCAGACCGUGUCGGCCGGGGAGUACAAAUACUCUAUUACAUUCGAGGCACUCCUUGUCGGCCACGAAGAUUGGAUCUAUUCGGCGGCGUGGAGUCCCACUAGCUCACAACUCCUCACCGCCUCAGCCGACGGUUCUCUUUCGAUAUGGAAACCGGACCCGUCGUCGGGAAUAUGGAUCAGUAUGUCUCGCUUGGGAGAGAUCAGUGGAGCAAAAGGGGCCACCACUGCGACAGGUUCAGCGGGAGGGUUCUGGACAGGAUUAUGGGGUCCUGACGGCAAGACCGUCACUUGUCUCGGCCGCACGGGCAGCUGGCGACUGUGGCAGUAUGACGAGGCCUCACAGUUUUGGACACAGAGAUUUGGCAUCAGCGGCCACACCAACUCCGUCAACGGCAUCUGUUGGACCCCGGACGGGAGCUACCUUCUCUCCACAAGUUCCGAUCAGACGACCAGGCUUCAUGCAGAAUGGAAAAGAGGUCAGCAGCGGAGCUGGCAUGAGUUCUCGCGGCCUCAGAUUCACGGAUACGACCUCAAUUGCAUCGCGAGCACGACGCCGUAUCAGUUCUCCUCGGGGGCAGACGAGAAGCUGUUGCGCGUGUUCAACGAACCAAAGGAUAUCGCGAACAUGCUCCAUCGACUGUGCGAGAUUCCAUCGCCUCCGGAAUUAGCGCACAUGCCCGACACCGCUGCCAUCCCUGUGCUGGGCCUGUCGAACAAGGCCAUGGAGAAUAGUGAGGAGACUGGAGACGGUACUGCGAAUGAGGCCCUUAGUUCGACCCCUAUUUCAACCAGACUCGGGCUUUCACUGCUUAACAUCCAAGAACCACCGACGGAGGACCUGCUAGCGCGCCACACUCUAUGGCCCGAGCACGAGAAACUAUACGGCCACGGUUCGGAAAUCUCCGAGGUAGCGACGGCCCCGGACGGCAGUGUCCUCGCCACAGCAUGCAAGGCGAGUUCCCUCGACCACGCGGUGAUCCGCCUGUACGACACCAAGGACUGGAACGAGAUCAAACCGCCUCUGUCGGCGCAUUCUCUGACCGUCACGAGACUUGCGUUCUCCUCACAGAAUGCGGGAUACCUACUGAGUGUAGGACGAGAUCGGCAGUGGGCAGUGUUUAAGAGAUCAAGCGACAGUCCCAAGAGCUGGAUCCGCGUCGCCUUGAAUGCAAAGGCGCACACGAGGAUGAUUCUCGACGCCACGUGGCUCACGAGUACUACCAACGCGAAUCCGAGCUUCGCCACCGCUGGCAGGGACAAGCUUAUCAAGAUAUGGUCACGGGAUCCCGACAACAGCGAGAAUGAGAACACCUUCGCAAUGCGAUUCUCGAUCGCGCGAAAAUCCCCGGUUACGGCUGUCUCUUCCACCUCCUGCAAGAUGAGUGGCGUGCUCGCCGUGGGCGAGGACGACGGCAGCAUCUCGCUGCAUACUAUCGACGUAAACAGCGACCUCAAGAUAUUGCGGACUAUUGAGGUCCCCAGACACCUCUGUCCCUCGAAGACCGUCAAUCGGCUCGCCUGGCGACCAACCACCAACGAUGACGGACGUGAUCACAAAGAACAAGGCCAAUUAGCAGUGGCCUCGGCUGACGGAACAGUGCGGAUACUGAGGAUAAACUGGGCAGAAAUCGACAAAUCAAUGACGUGA